CUGUGGAAGGGAGGGACCAGAGAAGAGAGCAAGAGAGGGCUCGCAAUCCAGUUCGCCGACUAAGCAGAAGAAAGAUCAAAAAACGGGAAAGAGGGGACGAGCAAACAGGCGCCUUCAAGACCGAUCCCCUCAUCUCCACGUGGACAGCGCUCUGGGAAUCCAAAUUCAGUGCCUACGGAAGACAAAGGCGCCCGGAGGGAGUGGCGGCGCGACCCCAGGGCUUGGGCCCGGCCGCGGAGCCCGCUUGGCCCGGCUGCCCGGACAGUCGUGGACCAUGUCUCCCGCCCCACGACCCGCCUGCAGUCUGCUGCUCCCCGUGCUCACGCUCGCCUCCGCGCUCGCCUCCCUCAGCUCUGCCCAGAGCAGCUUCAGCCCCGAAGCCUGGCUGCAGCAGUAUGGCUACCUGCCCCCUGGAGACCUGCGGACCCACACACAGCGCUCACCCCAGUCCCUCUCAGCUGCCAUCGCUGCCAUGCAGAGGUUCUAUGGUCUGCGAGUGACAGGCAAGGCUGAUGCAGACACCAUGAAGGCCAUGAGGCGCCCCCGCUGUGGUGUUCCAGACAAGUUUGGGGCUGAAAUCAAGGCCAAUGUUCGAAGGAAGCGCUAUGCCAUCCAGGGACUCAAAUGGCAGCAUAACGAGAUCACUUUCUGCAUCCAGAACUACACCCCCAAGGUGGGCGAGUAUGCCACAUUCGAGGCCAUCCGGAAGGCAUUCCGAGUGUGGGAGAGUGCCACGCCACUGCGCUUCCGAGAGGUACCCUAUGCCUACAUCCGUGAGGGCCACGAGAAGCAGGCCGACAUCAUGAUCUUCUUUGCUGAGGGCUUCCACGGUGACAGCACGCCUUUCGAUGGCGAGGGCGGCUUCCUGGCCCAUGCCUACUUCCCAGGCCCCAACAUUGGAGGGGACACCCACUUUGACUCUGCCGAGCCCUGGACUGUCCGGAAUGAGGAUCUAAAUGGGAAUGACAUCUUUCUGGUGGCUGUGCACGAGCUGGGCCAUGCCCUGGGCCUUGAGCAUUCCAACGAUCCCUCGGCCAUCAUGGCACCCUUUUACCAGUGGAUGGACACAGAGAACUUUGUGCUGCCUGAUGACGACCGCCGGGGCAUCCAGCAACUUUAUGGGAGUAAGUCAGGAUCCCCGACUAAGAUGCCCCCUCAACCCAGGACCACCUCCAGGCCUUCCGUCCCCGAUAAGCCCAAAAAUCCCACCUAUGGGCCCAACAUCUGUGACGGGAACUUUGACACCGUGGCCAUGCUUCGAGGGGAGAUGUUUGUCUUCAAGGAGCGUUGGUUCUGGCGUGUGAGGAAAAACCAGGUGAUGGAUGGAUACCCCAUGCCCAUCGGCCAGUUCUGGCGGGGCCUGCCUGCAUCCAUCAACACUGCCUAUGAGAGGAAGGAUGGCAAGUUUGUCUUCUUCAAAGGAGACAAGCACUGGGUGUUUGACGAAGCUUCCCUGGAGCCUGGCUACCCCAAGCACAUUAAGGAGCUGGGCCGAGGACUGCCUACUGACAGGAUUGAUGCUGCUCUCUUCUGGAUGCCCAAUGGAAAGACCUAUUUCUUCCGAGGAAACAAGUACUACCGUUUCAACGAGGAGCUCAGGAUAGUGGAAAGCGAAUACCCCAAAAACAUCAAGGUCUGGGAAGGAAUCCCUGAGUCUCCCAGAGGGUCAUUCAUGGGCAGCGACGAAGUCUUCACUUACUUCUACAAGGGGAACAAGUACUGGAAAUUCAACAACCAGAAGCUGAAGGUUGAGCCGGGCUACCCCAAGUCAGCCCUGCGGGACUGGAUGGGCUGCCCAUCAUCGGGGGGCCAGCCGGAUGAGGGGACUGAGGAGGAGACGGAGGUGAUCAUCAUUGAGGUGGACGAGGAAGGCAGCGGGGCAGUGAGCGCGGCCGCCGUGGUGCUCCCUGUGCUGCUGCUGCUCCUGGUGCUGGCGGUGGGCCUCGCCGUCUUCUUCUUCAGACGUCACGGGACCCCCAAGCGACUGCUCUAUUGCCAGCGCUCCCUGCUGGACAAGGUCUGACCCCCACUGCCGCCCGCCCACUCCUACCACGAGGACUUUGCCUCUGAAGGCCAGUGGCAGCAGGUGGUGGUGGGUGGGCUGCUCCCGCCCGGCCCCGGCCCCAUCCCCAGCCCUCCCCCUGUCCCUUUUUCUCUGUCCCAUGACUGGCCUCUCCCACCUUCCACGCUGGCAUUGCUUCUUCCCUAGAUGGGUCCCCCCAGGGGCUGAGCAGGGGCCGCCCUCCCAGCUCCUGCCCCUCAGGGGCCCCCAUGGCUUGGUGUGUGUUCAGCCCCAUCUGAAUGUCUGGGCUCUGCACUUGAAGGCAGGACCCUCAGACCUCGCUGGUAAAGGUCACAUGGGGUCAUCUGCUCCUUUUCCAUUCCCUGAUAUACCUUUAACCUCUGAACUCUGACCUCAAGAGGCUCUGGGCACUUCAGCCCCGCAAUCCCCUAGGUGUACCCAGUUGGCAGCCUCCCACCACUCUCUCUGGCUAAAAGAAAUCUAAUCCUAUUGUGGUGGGAGGAGACCCUGAGUGAGAGAGUGUGGGUUACACAGCCACCCUAAGACCUUGGGAGGAAAGCUAAGCGAGGGCCAGUCCUCUCCUCAAACAUCUGCCUCUGCCCCACCGGCCCCUAGAACUUCCACAGAAGGAGCCUGAGCCAUUAGGACUAAACUGGGGCUGCAUAAACCCUUGACAGCCCUACCCUCCCAAACCUUAGCCUCGGAUGGGGAUGUCAAGGUUGGAAGAGCUUAGACUAGGGGUGCAGCCACCAGGGUGGGGCCCACGAGCCCCAGGGGGUAAGCCUGGGGGCCACAGAGAAAGAACCUCGCUCAUAAUGCAGGCAGCUGAGGUAGGAACCCAGGGGCAGAGUAGUCAGAGGGGACAGGGCAGGACCAAAAGGCGAACCAGGGAGGCACAACAGGAGUGGAUGGCUGAGGGCCAGGCAGGGCCGCCACAGGGUGGGCUGUGGUACCCGGGAGAGGGCACUUUUCAUUGGCGCUCUCAGGAAGGGCUCGAGAGAGGCACACCUGCUCCUGUUUGGGUGCCCUGGCUUCAAUCAGACAGCGUGGAGGGCAAGGCAGGCAGCCAGAGAAAGGGGCAGAGAGGGUGCCCGUCAGGGAUCGGCGACUCGGGACUUUUAUGAGAGCAGCCACCUCGUUAGGGAGCCGAGGAUCAGCCUGCCUCAGCCAUCUUCUGCAAAGGGGCACCUGCCUGGGCAUCUCCGUCAGGUUAGCCCCUCGCUUCCCAAUGCCCCCCGCCACUCGGCCCUUCCUACAGGUGCACUGCCCCCACUCCCACCCAGCCCACCUGUUUGAAGUCUCCUUCAGCCACCGAGGGUGGUCAUGGUACCAGAGACUCGGGAGCAUGAGAGGCCCUGUGGGGCAGUGAGAGGAAAGGGAUGUCAGGGGUAGGGGGGCAGGGGGGUGGGAGAAAUGGGGUGAACGGUGCUGGCAGUUCGGCUAAAGUUGUCUUGUUUGGGGUUUUUGUUUUGUUUAAUGUAUAUUUUUAUUAUAAUUAUUAUAUAUGAAUUCCCUUCAAAUCGUUCCUUUUUGUUAACAAGGGGCAUGGGGUGGGGUGGGGGUGGGGGGCAGAGGCAUCCGACCCCAGGAACCUGCAGGGCGGGGCUGGGUCAUUGCCCUCUAAGGACAUUUUUGACCUUGUUCAACCUUUCCACGAAGAAUAAACAGUGUUUCACAUUC